UCUUCUGCAGAUUUCUCAUUGAAUGGUUUGAAAAUUUGAAUAUGUGAAAACAGAGUAUCGAAAUUGAUUGAGAAUUGAUUUCUAGGAUGGAGAUAGCAGCGCAGUUGAAGCGAGGGAUCUCGCGACAACUAUCGACAGGUUCGUUGCGGAUGAGUGGAAAAUGUAGUUUCAGGAGACAAAACUCUCUUGAUCCGAGGCUUAACAACAUGAGAUUCAGCUUCGGACGACAAUCCUCGCUUGAUCCCAUCCGCAGGCAUCCAAAAUUUGACGAGCUAGCAGUGCCGGAGAACCUCGAUUCCACAAUGCAACUUCUGUUCAUGGCGUGUAGAGGAGAUGUGAAGGGAGUCGAGGAUUUGCUUGAAGAGGAGAUUGAUGUGAAUAGCAUAGAUCUUGAUGGGCGGACUGCUUUGCAUGUUGCUGCCUGCGAAGGCCAUGUCGAGGUUGUCAAGUUUCUGUUAAGUCGGAAAGCCAACAUUGAUGCUCGUGAUCGGUGGGGCAGUACGGCUUCUGCUGAUGCUAAAUACUACGGGAACAUGGAGGUCUACAAUAUUUUGAAAGCCCGAGGAGCCAAGACUCCGAACAUAAAAAAGACACCAAUGUCAGUUGCAAAUCCUAAAGAAGUUCCAGAAUAUGAGCUGAAUCCCCUCGAGCUUCAAGUUCGCAGAUGUGAUGGUAUUGCCAAAGGGACGUAUCAAGUGGCUAAAUGGAAUGGUAUGAAAGUUGCGGUGAAGAUACUUGAUAAGAAUAGUUACACAGAUCCUGAAAGCAUAAAUGCUUUCAAACAUGAGUUGACAAUUUCAGAGAGGGUACGACACCCUAAUGUAGUUCAGUUCGUUGGAGCUGUCACGCAAAACAUGCCAAUGAUGAUUGUUUCCGAGUAUCAUCCAAAGGGUGACCUAGCAAGCUAUCUUCAAAAGAAAGGACGUGUAUCUCCGUCAAAAGCUUUAAGAUUUGCCCUUGAUAUUGCGAGAGGAUUGAAUUAUCUUCAUGAAUGCAAACCAGAACCGGUCAUCCACUGUGAUUUAAAGCCCAAAAAUAUUUUGCUGGACUGUGGAGGUCAAUUAAAGAUUGCUGGAUUUGGAUUGAUAAGGUUGUGUAAAAUAGCACCAGACAAGUCAAAACUGAUGCAGCCUAAUGAAACUCAUAUUGACCGUUCAAGUGUUUAUUUGGCACCUGAAAUCUUUAAGGGUGAGAAAUUUGACAAAAGUGUGGACGUUUACUCUUUCAGUAUUAUUCUAUACGAGGUAUUUCCUUAUUUAUUUAAUUUUUGUCAUAGUUCCGCUUCUUUCUGUACAAUUUGUGUUAUAUUGUUCUUGGUACUAUUUCAUUAUCUUAUUGUUUUCAGAUGCUCGAAGGAAUUCAACCAUUACACCCCAAAAGUCCUGAAGAUGCUGUAAAACAAAUGUGUAUUGAGGGAAAACGACCAACUUUGAAGAUAAAAUCUAAACAUUUUCCUCCCGAGGUUAAAGAG